AACACAUGAGCACUCUCAUUAAAGUAAAUUCUCCCUUUUUUUUUGGUUGUAAAUAUACUCAUUCCGGCAGAAUAACCAAACAAUAAAAUACUUUUUUGUCAACUAUAAAGCGCACAUUAUCUACAGAUGCCGUGAAACUGGGUCAUCGUUGCAUUUUCUCCGGCAUACAACCUACAGGAACACCUCACCUGGGCAAUUAUUUAGGCGCUUUAUCUAACUGGGCAAAAUUACAACCUAGAGGUAGCUGUGAUGAUACCUUGUCAACCAUAAACUAUUACAGCAUUGUCGAUUUGCACGCCAUUACCAUGCCUCAAGAUCCCAAUACUUUACGUCAAGCCAAGAUAGAUAUGGCAACUGCAUUGUUAGCUUGCGGCAUUGAUCCUGUACGUUCUGUUUUAUUUGAGCAAAGUCGUGUGAGGGCACAUGCCGAAUUGGCUUGGAUAUUCAAUUGCAUUACACCUGUAGGUUGGUUAGGACGUAUGACCCAGUGGAAAAGUAAAAUGGCUGCAAAAUCGGUGCCCACCGAAGAUUUCUCUGUAAAUCAAUUGGAAAAUCAUACAAAUAAGGAAGGAUUAAAGAUGGGUUUAUUUGAUUAUCCUGUGCUGCAAGCAGCAGAUAUUUUACUGUAUAAAGGAACACUUGUGCCUGUUGGAGAAGAUCAGAUGCAACAUCUAGAGCUGGCUCGUGAUAUAGCCGGUGCUUUCAAUAAGUUAUUUUGCUCGUCAUCGACAAAGACAAAAGGCAAAAAGAAGGCUAUCUUUCCCAAGCCAGAAGCCAUUGUUCCGCCGAGCGCAAAGCGUGUCAUGUCUUUACGAGAUCCGAGUUGCAAAAUGUCAAAGUCAGAUCCUUCCGAUUAUUCAAGGCUCAAUCUGAUUGAUUCACCGGACUUGAUACGUAAUAAAAUCGGUAAGGCUACAACAGAUGGUAUAAGAGGCGUUACCUAUGAUCCUGUCAAUCGACCAGGCGUCUCGAAUUUGCUGAGUAUCUAUGCCGCUAUGCGAGAUAUUGAGAUUGAUGAAGCCAUAAAAGAAUGCAGCGACAUUACAAGCACAAAGGCCUUUAAAGAGAGAGUAUCGGACGCAGUGAUUGAUAGACUACACCCCAUCCAGUCGGAAUUGGUACGAUUACAAGCGGAUCAAGGAUAUGUCAAACAGGUAUUAGAUCAAGGUGCUGUUAAAGCAAAUGAAGUGGCAAAUGCUACAAUGGAGGAGGUGUAUAAAGCAGUUGGUCUGCGUUAGACAUUAUUUCUAGACAGACUCAUUGUUGCGUUUUAUACCAUUCAGAAAAAACAAAAAUUAACAGGAUGUAUGAAGCAAAGAAGCUUUACUUGAUAUAAAUCCAGACAAUAACAGUUUUAUAUAUAAAAGAAUUAUUU